CGACGAGAGCGUUCCGGUCGCGGCUGUGCGGUGACAGAUGUGGACGGAAGAGAGAACGUGAGCGGGUCUGUGUGCUGUUCGCAGCCGUUCAACCGGGACCCCUCGUUACAGACAGGCGCCGCCGUCGGCCUGAACUGCAGCGGCGCUGGGCCGCAGCUCCUCUCCGGGGACGUCAAUGUGACGGGCCGCAGCGGCACCUUCGGCGCGACGAUGGGUCAGGAGCGCAGCAAGUACGACUUCUACAUCGGCCUGGCGCUGGCCAUCAGCUCCAGCGUUUUCAUCGGCGGCAGCUUCAUCCUGAAGAAGAAGGGUCUCCUUCGCCUGGCUAGGAAAGGCUCCACGCGAGCAGGCCAAGGCGGACAUGCGUACCUGAAGGAGUGGCUCUGGUGGGCAGGCUUGUUGUCCAUGGGAGUCGGGGAAGCGGCCAAUUUUGCAGCUUACGCCUUCGCUCCAGCUACGCUGGUCACCCCCCUGGGGGCUCUGAGUGUUCUAGUGAGUGCCGUUCUGUCCUCCUACUUCCUGUCAGAGAGGCUCAAUCUGCACGGGAAGCUGGGGUGUAUUCUCAGCAUCCUAGGGUCCACCACCAUGGUGAUCCACGCCCCGCAGGAGGAGGAGAUCGACAGCCUGGAGGACAUGGCCGUCAAGCUUGUUGAUCCAGGGUUUGUUGUCUUUGCAACCUUUGUGGUGAUCAUAGCCCUCAUACUCAUCUUUGUGGUCGGACCUCGGCACGGGCAAAGCAACAUCUUGGUCUACAUCAUCAUCUGCUCCGUGAUCGGCGCCCUAUCGGUGUCUUGCGUCAAGGGCCUGGGAAUUACCAUCAAGGAACUGUUUGCGGGGAAUCCCGUUCUCAAGAACCCCCUGUCCUGGAUCCUCCUGCUCAGCCUGGUGGCCUGCGUGAGCACGCAGAUCAACUACCUGAACAAGGCGCUGGACAUAUUCAACACCUCUCUGGUGACACCCAUAUACUACGUGUUCUUCACCACGUCUGUGCUUACCUGCUCCGCCAUCCUCUUCAGGGAGUGGGAGCACAUGGCCUCGAGUGAUGUCAUCGGCACCCUUGGCGGCUUCAUCACCAUUAUCGUGGGCAUAUUCCUGCUUCACGCCUUUAAGGAUGUCAACAUCAGUCUGGCCAGCUUGGCCAUAUCCAUCCGUAAGGAGGAGCGGAGCCCCCCGAUGUCCAACGGCAUGACAGCGCAUGUCACAUACGAACUGCUGGGUAGCAGCACUUCUGUGAACAUGGAUGAGCUGGAGGUGGGUGUGCCAUUCGACAACAUCUCCCGGAGGAACGGCACCGUGGCACCGUUGUAGGGCUGCUUCCUUUGGCCCCAAGCUAGGCAGUUAUCGUACUGGAAAUUCUCACUCCGUUAAAAUUGUGUGCGUUUUUUUUUUUUUUUUUUAAAAAUACAGAAUCAAACAUCAGACAAUCAGAUGGAGAGACCAACUGGACCAGUGAAUUGUACUGAUGUUUUCUUUUGCCUUACAUCUCUUUUGGAGUUGCCUACAUGGUAUAGGGAUCAUUGCAUUUCUGUGUAGCACUGUAAAUAUUCCAAUGUUUUUAAAAUGAAUUUUCCUAUACUUUAUGUACAGAGAAUCUGUAUUUACAUGCACUGAGUUUAUUUCUAUAAAUUGGUUAGGUGCUUUAAAUUUAUAAUAAAUCCACUCUGACUGUGGUUGUGAAUUGAUGAAAUAGUUGUAGCUUUUACACGCAUCUAAGAGCAUCAACUUAAGUUUCCAGCUAAACUUCAUGCAAAUUCUGAUUUACAUGUGGCCCUAAGCCUAAAAUGCAGAGCUGAAUGACGUGA